AUGGAAGAGAAUGAAGAGGAAAGGGAGGAUGAAGAAGAUGAAGUGAAUGAUGAAGAGGAAGAAGGAGAUGUGGAAGAGCAAGGGGUGGAGAUGGAAGAGAAUGAAGAAGCUGAACUGGAAGACGAAGAAAUAGAAGUAGAAUGUCAAGAACCAUCAAAAUCUGUUGAAAUUCAAUUAGUGUCAACAGCCAAAGAAUUUUCAAAAAAUUUGUCACGAAAAUCUUCGAAACUUUCUUCCAAUUUGCCACCUAAAAGAAUUUUUUCAUCAGUAUGUGAGGAAGUGGAAGAAGGACAGAAUGUUAUUCAUUUGGAUAGUGCUUCUUUUAUUCAACAACAAUCUUGUUCUAGAAUUCGGCAAUCUCUUUCAACAGCCAAGGAAGCUUCUUCAAUUCAACAAACUUCAUCUUUGAACACUGCCAGGAACAUUUCUUUUCGUCGUCAACAUACAUUUGAUGUUUCUUCAUGCACAUUGCUUCAUCAUUUUUUUGAUGCUUCUCAAACAAUAAAUGCUACUCAGUCAGAAAAUGUUUUGAUUUUUGAGGAAAUUCAAGAAACAUCCAAAUCUACUGAAAAAUCAUUCUCACCAGCCAGAGGUUUUUUAAUUAAUAAAAUAAUAGUGGAAUAUGAAGAAAUUUCUACAAGGAAUUUGGAAGAAUUAGAAAAUACUCCACCACCAUCAACAAGUCAGCAACAUCAACCUCGACAACAAGCAAUAGAAAAUUUAAACAGAAAUGCUUCAAUUCGAAAUUCUCGACGAUUGUCAUUAUCUCCUUGGAGUAAAUUUUAUUUUUUUAAAUUAAAAUUUUGUUCAAUCGUUUUUAUACCUUUAUUAAGGUUGUAUUUUUCGGAAAGGAUCUUUUUUUGA